UUGCGUCAUCCUUAUAAAACUAGAGUAUAAAAACAAUCACCAGAGAAUCUCUUUCUCUCUUUUCAUUCAUCACAGCAAUACGACUACACUGGGAAAUGGCCACUGCAGGGAAGGUGAUCAAAUGUCGGGCCGCUGUUGCCUGGGAGCCCAAGGCUCCUCUGAUGAUGGAGGAAAUAGAAGUUGCCCCACCACAGGAAGGAGAAAUACGAAUUAAGGUUAUAGCUACAGGACUUUGUCACACCGACCUUUACCAUCUGGUUGAUGGGGACAAGCGAGGUUUUCCUGUCGUACUGGGACACGAGAGCGCUGGUGUAGUGGAGAGUGUUGGGCCUGGAGUCACUGAUUACAAACCAGGUGAUAAGGUCAUCCCCCUCUUCCUCUCUCAGUGUGGAAAAUGCAAGUUCUGCAAGUGUCCAAAAACAAACCUGUGUGAAAGCAGCUGGGCAACUAAAUAUCAUGACAUUAUGGCUGAACCUACAAGCCGCUUCACUUGCCGUGGCCAGACCAUCUUGCAGUUCAUGGGAACCAGCACCUUCUCCGAGUACACCGUCAUCAACCAAAAUGCUGUGGCAAAGAUUGACGAAAAUGCUCCUCUCGACCGCGUGUUUUUGCUCGGCUGCGGCAUCACUACUGGUUAUGGAGCUGCAGUCAACACAGCUGGGGUUACUCCAGGCUCUGUGUGUGCUGUAUUCGGACUCGGUGCUGUCGGUCUGGCUGCAGUCAUGGGCUGUAAAAACGCCGGAGCAUCUCGCAUCUUUGCUGUGGAUAUCAAUGAAAAGAAGUUUGAGAAGGCCAAGGUGUUUGGAGCCACAGAUUUCCUGAAUCCGAAAGCAUACAAUAAACCCAUCUCUGAAGUGCUGAUAGAAAUGACCAAUGGAGGAGGAGUGGACUUCUCAAUCGAGUGCACGGGGAACACUGAAGUAAUGAGAAGUGCGCUGGAGUCGUGUGCUAAAGGUUGGGGUGUGAGCGUUGUGGUUGGAUGGACUAAUGUGCAAGACUUUUCUGCAAAGCCAAUUCAGCUCAUAUAUGGGAAAACCUGGAAAGGAUCUCUGUUUGGAGGUUUUAAGUGCAAGGAUUCAGUUCCGAAACUGGUUCGUGACUACAUGUCUGGCAAAAUAAUGCUUGAUGAGUUUAUAACCCACAAAAUGAAUCUGGAGCAGGUCAACGAUGCCAUCAACCUCAUGAAAACUGGACAAGGCAUUCGAACCAUCAUGACUGUAUCCAAAUGAGAAGCAAACUGUCGUCACAGGACCAGUUUCUACACUACAGUUAUUGUGAUUAGCUUUCUCUGCAGCUGUUUGCAUUCCAUGAUCCUCUUUAAUGGCAUAUUGCAUCUGCUUUAUGAAGUGAUUCAUAAGUGCAUGUAAACAUUUAACACUAAACACUGUUCUAUUCAUCUGCAAGGCAAAACGCUUCUGAAAUAUUUUGCAAGAAAAAGUAAUCCUUGGCAAAUAAAAAAGAGACAAGCAUAUAUAAAUCA